GUUUUAAUGUCUCGGUGUCUUGAAUGACCGACAAGCGCCGCAUCAACAGGAUUGAACCCUUCAAUGUGCAUGUUUCAAACCCUCGAAAUUCACCCUCUUUUGGACACUUUUCGUUCCUUUCUGCCUUCUUGUAUGUGUCUUUACGUCCUUACGGCCCCUAUGUAGACUUGAUCCUUGCGACUAUUAACGUCGAUCCUCUCUUUUUUGUUCGGAUAAUAAAUGCGUCCGUCUCACGCGACCGUUGUUACAUCCCGGCGGGAUUCAUAGAUUACAAAGGUUUUCUACGCUGCGCUCUGCUCAUCGGACGACGACAUGGCAGCGCCAGGAUCGACAAUUGCGACGGAUGAGAGGCAACCCGGAUUUGAUGCUCCUAGAAGGAGACUUUCCGAGCCACUGGUACCGUCUGAGAACAUGUCCGGGUUAUCCGCGUCCUGGGGAAGUAUCCCAAGCUUGGGACGGAAAGGAGCGAUCAGGAAUAUGGCCAGGAGGACUCUGGGUAUUAGUCUAUUACUACUUACCGUAUUCCUGUGGACAGCGUCAAAUUUCCUCGCCAGCUAUAUAUUUUCCGAUCACACCUACGAUAAACCGUUCUUCCUAGUGUAUAUUAACACGUCCGUAUUUGCGCUGUCGAUGAUCCCUAUAUCCAUAAAGCACAUAAUACAAAAUGGUGGCUUCACCCGCGUCAAGAACCAGGCAAUGCAGGAGUGGAGGAUGAGGUACCAAGGGGUAGAGAGACUAAAGACACAGGAGGAGGAAGAGGCGGUUACAGUAGGCGAGAGGUUGCUAUCUGACGACGAGGGAAGUUUCGAAAUAGUCGAUCCGCCGAGGACAUCGGAUAAGCUCUCAUUCCUGGAGACGGCGCGGUACAGCCUUGAGUUCUGCAUGAUCUGGUUCCUGGGGAACUACUUUGCGUCGGCGUGCCUGGAGUACACGAGCGUGGCGAGCGUUACGAUCCUCACAUCUACGAGUAGCGUGUGGACGCUGAUAUUCUGCGCCGCAAUGCGUAUCGAGCCGUUCUCGUUGCGCAAGUUAAUCGGCGUACUGGCUUCGCUCGCGGGCAUCAUCCUUAUCUCGACCGUCGACCUUUCGGGCGAUAAUGACGACAACCGGGGGAACUUCCCGCAUAAGAGUCAGCAGCAGAUCGCUAUCGGCGACGCUAUGGCCUUCUUCAGCGCGGUCGUUUAUGGGUUGUACGUUGUGGUGAUGAAGGUGCGCAUCGGAAACGAAGAGCGCGUGAACAUGCCCUUAUUUUUCGGACUUGUGGGGGUCUUUAAUAUCCUUCUUCUGUGGCCUCUGUUUUUCAUCCUGCAUUUUACAGGAAUCGAGCCGUUUGAAUUACCUCCAAGCGGUAAGAUAUGGGCAAUUAUCAUACUCAACUCGCUAUCUUCCUUCGUCUCGGACAUAUCGUGGGCCUACGCGAUGUUGCUCACAACGCCGUUGGUUGUCACUGUUGGUCUAUCAUUAACUAUACCACUAUCUCUGAUCGGCGAAAUGAUCCAAUACGCGCAAUACUCCAGCUUCAUAUACUGGAUCGGCGCUGCAAUUGUACUGGUUUCUUUCCUCUUUGUCAACAACGAGAGUCAUGACGAGGAUGACGAAGCGAAAGCCGGUCCCGAAAGAGGAAGUAGAACGGCAGAGCCGUAGCUUUCUACUCGUUUGGCAGCUUUGUUAGCUUUGUUUUGUUCUUGGAUAGGACUAUUAUUGACGAUGCGGCGUCACGGUUAUAAGAAAUAGGUUUGGUAACUGGUGCAUGGAUAUCAGGCAUGACUUAACAUAUCAUAGAUAGAAUGGAUAUUCUCGGGCUGUAUCAUAUACGGGACUAAGAGACGGAUACCGCACAUAACCAACCCACCUAAUAUGAAGGUUAUCUCUGAGUAAGUAUAAGCAUCUAUAAUAUGUCAUGAAAUUCAGCAUUUGUCAAGUCAAGUCGGAAUAAUAUAUUCCUAAGACCGUAUAAGCAGGUGACUUCUCAAACAUUGUCUAGGCUAUUUAUAAUAGUACUAUACUUAUAACGGG